GCUUGAUUUGCGCCUCUCAGGUUUCCUUGUCAUCCCCGUAUCCAGUUGCUUGUGGAUGGCAGCAUCUAGACUUCUGGUUAUCGACACCCAAUUGCGCCUCCUUCAUCACCACUUGUUCCCGAAGCUCCUCGGCUGAUUUGCUAUACAUAUCUCUCGUUAGACCUUCCGCUAGUAUACUGCGCGUGAUGCCUGGCCAAUUCAUUGGCUCUUAAUUGAUCCUCAGAUUCACCCCAAGUUAGCUCGUGAUGCCUGACAGUCACGCCUCGCUCCGCUCCUGUUUACGUCUUGCCUCCGUUCCGCGUGCCAGCACUGCCCCCACAUUCUAUACGAGCUCUUGAGCCUGCCCGGGUAAAGCGCGAAAGACGAGACCUUAUAUACACACAACGUGAGCGGUUCCGCGAGGGAUGAGCACCUCUCUCACACCACAAUAAAGAGUGCUUUGUGAAUAUGGCAGCCCACGACGAGCAGUAUUCCGACCCUGGGGCUAAGGAAUACCCCUCUGAUAACGAUAACCUCGGGGAAUCCGCAGAUACCGCUUCCGACCCAUCCUCCCUUCUCAACGCCGUCAAAGCACGAAGGGAUGAGUAUACCCGCCAUCGAACCCUCCAUGUGAAGGUUGGCACCUGGAAUGUGGCUGCCGUUUCUGGCACGGAAAAAGACAUUGGGAAGUGGUUUGUUCAACAAAAGGGUGUGUGUGGGCCGGGAUCCCAGGCAGAAUCGACGUCUAAAGACACGGGCUCCGGAGGUACUCGUUCGCUUUCUGAGAUCCCACCAGACGAGGUUGGCCUGUAUGUCCUAGGACUACAAGAAAUCGUUGAUGUCUCAUCGCCCGCAGAAGCCUUGAGACCAUAUGUGGAUCCCGCUCCGGCAAACCGCUGGAAGGCGGCUCUUGAGGAUUCUCUUCCUGCAGGCUAUAAACUGGUGGCAGAAAUUCAGCUGAUUGGAUUGCUGCAACUGAUUUAUGCCGCUCCGUCCAUUGCCGAUAGCGUGUCUGCCGUCAGCUGUUCCAGUGUAGGUACGGGCCUGCUUGGGUACGUAGGUAAUAAAGGUGCCGUGGUGACCCGUCUGCUUCUCGGUGAGACUACCUCCAUAGUAUUCGUCAACUGCCAUCUGGCGGCGGGGUCGGACAAAACCAGCUUAGAUCGACGAAAUUGGGAUGCCUCGCAGAUUGUUGGGCGUACAAAGUUCGAUUCGAUCGAUCCUGAAUAUACGCUUCGAAAUACGCCUUCCGAAAGUAUUGGAGACGAGGAUUACGCAUUCUGGUUUGGGGAUCUAAAUUAUCGUCUUGAGGAUAUUCCUGGUGAUGAUGUCCGACAAGUCCUUGCUCGGCAUACGGAAAACGAGUACGAUAAAAGGCAUGGAGUUUUACUGGAGGUAAAUGGUACGCCGUCUUCACCGCGUGUAGUCGUUGGCGGGGACGCAGGGCGGCAGUCACCCGUUUCAGAUAUCACCCCAAGCGAGACACAGUCGGUCGACUCUGAUGAAGACUUGGACCCUCACCAAGAUCCAGCCUCUCUUCAAACAACAAUAUCAUCAUUGUUCCCCCAUGACCAGUUGCGCAUACAACAAAACAAAGAGAAAGCCUUCCAUGAGGGCUGGCGCGAGGGCCAAAUUUCGUUCUUACCUACCUACAAAUAUGAUAUUGGCAGCAUGGCGAGAUUUGACUCGAGUGAGAAGCAUAGAGGGCCUAGUUGGUGUGACCGCAUUCUUUACAGAUCGCGCAGGGACAGAUUAAGGUAUGAGCGCCUGGUUAAGGAAGCCACUGAGGCUAGAAAAAGAGACGAAGAGAUGAAAGCGAGAGGGCUCGAAAGCGCUGCGGCCGAUGACAACGUUUUGUUCGACUACGACCCCGACGCCGAUGGUGCGGAUAGCGGCGAUGAAUAUGAUCCAAACGAAGACCAGGCCAAUGAAAAUGCUUCACCUAAUUCAUCACCAGAGGCGGACGACUCUAUACGACUAGAGUAUUAUAGGUCGCAUCAAGGUGUCCUCUCCUCAGAUCACAAACCUCUUGUCGCUGGGUUUAUAUUGGAAUUGAACUGUGUGGAACCAAGGCUCAAAGCCCAAGUGCACCAAGAAGUUGUACGGGAGCUAGACAAAGCCGAAAAUGAGUCACGACCCGGCCUGACAAUCGUAGUGGACAAUCCCACUCAUGAGCCGUCCCGCUCAGACAUGGAUCCGAAUUCUGUAGAUUUUGGAGAUAUAUCUUUCGAAGACCCCGUCAGCCGAUCUUUGACUGUUGCCAACACCAGUGGUGUAUCUGCAACCUUUUCUUUUCAAAAACCAGAGCGUGCCGAGGAUUCCGGGACACCGUGUUUGGAAUACAAAGUUGCGAAGCAACACCAUGAGCCACCUGGCGAUGAAGGCCAACAAACGUCUGCAAACGAAUGUACACUUUUGCCCGGGGAGCUCGCUGUUAUUGAAAUCACGAUCUGCGUGCGAGACAUCCCAUUUGUCCGCCUGCUUAAUGAUGCCCAAGUGAAGCUUGAAGAAGUUCUGGUUCUUAGGGUGAAGGAUGGUAGAGACCAUUUUAUCUCUGCAUAUGGGAGGUGGAUGCCCACGGCUUUUGGCCGUAGCCUGGAGGAGCUUACUCGGAUGCCCGAGGCUGGUGCACGGAGUCUGACUUCCUCUUCAUCAAUAAAGAGCAGCGAAGACCAAUCAGCAGUUCCGAUAUCAGCUCCCAGAGAGCUUUUCAAGCUAACAGAGGCAAUCUCAGAGCUUGCAGAACGGGCAGUUGCGGAAUGGGGCAUGGUGAAAGGGGAAUCCAACGACAAGGCGCCGUGGGAGAGGGAACCACAUGGUUCUACCUGGCCCUUUAAACCUGAAACGUGGACGCUCAAAGACAAGGAAGGGCGCGCGCAUCUCUUAGCCCUAGCUCGAGAAGCCUUGGACACCAACCAAGCUUUUAGCCAGAUUUUCGCCCCUGAGGUGUCUUCGUUGAUUCGUCUCGAAAUCCUAGGCGAGAUUCUUGUUGCGUUCCUGCGCUCGUUGAAAGACGGGAUAAUUCCAGCUCCUGUCUUACAAAAUUUGGAUCAACAAAUCCAGGCGCGGGAGAAGGCGAAGCAGCCUCCCCUUUCCUGGGAGGACUCACAGGCUUGGGUACUUGAGAGCCUUGCCUGGUCCCCAGCCCACAGUGUCUCCUUCACCUUUGUGACCUUUAUGCUCGCGCGGAUUGCCAACGAAAUUGCACCUGUGCCUACCAAGCCUCUUCGUGGUCUUAAAGAACCGGCACCUAAAGAGAACGCGGAAUCUAAUACGGACCAAACAAAAGAUGAUCAACCAUCAACCCGCUCCCCGGUAUCCCGAGCGUCAUUCAUUUCAACUGGUAGCUUCCGGCGAAAACCAACGUUUUCUACACCACCUAUUCCACAAGACACGGCAAUGACCGCAAUGGCUCAGCGACGACUGACCGUCGAGAGCGCUCUGGCUGGCUUCUUCUCCACUGUGCUCAUAUCUUCUGAUGUUCCUGCCCCCUCGAAGGAUAAAGAGAAGCGAGUCCAGGAAGAAAGGAAACGCAGCAUUAUUGAACCAUUUCUGAAGCCCAUCGGAGUGGACUACCAUGGUCCUUCAGGUGGGGCAUUGUGAGUUUUAUCUUUAAUUUCUUUUUACAUCAUGAUAUCUUGGGAGGCUCUCUGUUUUGUACUCUUUAAUAGAUGAGAGGAGAUCCAUAUAUUAUACACCGACUGUUGCCCUCUUUGGGGCCACUUCAACUGGGCCAGCUAAUGAUAGUGGCGACUUCCUUUUGGUGUUCGAACGGGCUGUUUUGCACCUUUUGAAAGCUAUAUAUAUAGUCAUACAUAUUGACCAACAAUUACGUUAAUACAAUGAUAGAUGAAUGAUGCUGGUAUACCAUGA